CUCAACAGCACAAGUCGUGCUGAACACAAGUCGUGGGUCAUCUCUCCCGGCUGGCGGCGGCAGGCGAUUCUGGGCCAUCUCUGACGACCAGCGGCGGCAGGCGAUUCUGUCCAUCUCUCUGAUUGUAGUUUUUGUGUUGGUUUUCCUCCUGGAGUUGAUAUGACACAAAGUAAACUACAUGUGGUUGAAUGCAAUGAUGAAUACAUGACUGAGGAACAUGUUGAACAUGAGAAUGUGGUUGAAUGCAAUGAUGAAUACAUGACUGAGGAACAUGUUGAACAUGAGAAUGCCAUGUUCAAAGAUGUUGAGUCAUCUCAUGUUCAACCAUCAUCUUGUAAUGUUGAAGAAGGCUUGGAUGAUAGCGAUGAUGAAGAGGACCAGGACGACACUGCUACUAAUGAACAAGGUAAUUACCUUUUGACACUCUGCUAGACAUUCUGAAAAAUUAGAAUUAGAAUCAACAAUUGCAGUACCAUCUUAUCCAGAACAGAACUGAAUGGUAACUUUUUAGAUGUGAUGGUGUAUAGUGUGGCUGUAAGGACCAUGGUCAUCAGAACAACUAAAACUAAACCAUGUAGCAUAUGGAAUGCAUUGCACUUUCAAGUUUUUACUUGGCUAGCUACACUAACUAUUGGGCAAAAGGCUUCAGCAUGCAAUAGUACACUGCAUCCUGUUUUUGCACUGCUGUAAGAUUCACUUAUUUUGCAUUAGUGGUGAUUUUCCAUCGUGUUAUCAAUGUAAUGCUCUAUAAAAUGGUGAAUAACACUAUCAGUUGUUCCUCAGACUGUUGAUCUAAAGAUAGUUCACACAAUUGUUUAUGUGUGAUUAAUUAUAAAUGUUUUGGACAUUUAUCCAUGAUCAAAUGAAAAUGGAGAAACAACCAAGCGUGGGAGGACAAGGCUAAAAGAAACAUGGAAUCUUCCAAAAGGGCAGAGGAUUGUGGUCCAGUGCAAUGAACUAAACCAGCCAGUUGGAAAAGAAGUUGCACGUCUUGGGAAUUUUCUUGGCACGGUUGCUAGGAAUGGAAAAUUGUGUAGUUUGAGCUACAAGGACUGGAGAAAAAUAAUAGGAGAGAGAGAAAAAAGACAAAUGAACAAAGAAACAAAAGGGAUAUACUAGCGCAAGUAAAGAUGAGGUUUCUUUACCCCUCGCAUGGAAAAGAUUAUAUUAAAAAAAGUUGGAGAUAGAUGGAGGGAACAUAAGUCAGAUCUGAAAGCACUAUAUUUUGAUGCAAAUAAGAGCAUGGAAGCGAAUAACACCAAUGUUCCAAAGGGUGUGAUUAAGGACCAGUGGAUUACUCUGGUCAGUAAUUGGAUGACCCCGAAGGCACAGGGGAUAAGUGAGACGAAUAGGAGAAAUUGUGCGAUGAGGAAGUCCAAACACACGGCUGGAACUAAGAGUUUUCCACGAGUUCGAGAAGAGAUGAGACUAAAGGAUCCAGAAAAGAAGUACCCACACAGGGCUGUCUUAUACAUGCAUACACAUAAGCACAAAAGCGACAAGAAUAUGAAUGAACAAGUGGUUGAUUUGAAGAAGCGUAUAGCGGAGAAUCCAGCUUUAGUAGAUACUAGUAGAGGAAAGACAACAUGGAAGGGAGAUGUUUUGAAUGCGGUACUUGGCGCAGACAAGCCUGGACAUAUACAUGGCCUGGGACGGGUUCCGAAUCCAAAUCAAGUCUUUGAUGUGUCAGCUUCACGCCACUUUCAGAAUAUACACCUUAGUUCAUUGGAGGAUACAUCAAAUGAAGAUCUUUUGGUUGUUAGACUGAAAAUGGAGAAGUUGGAGAAAAAAUUAAGGGAAGAAAAAAAAACACUGAAGGACAGGUAAAUUUGAAGAAUUUCUCCAUUAUUCAAUACAUGUACUAAUUCUUAGGUAGUAGUUACAGGGUUCUUUGGAUCAGAUAUCUGCAUCUCAAGAUGUUCCUUCUAUUGCCAAGACAAAUUCAAAAAGAAAAAGAAUUUAUGGUGACGGUCAUAGUCAACAACUUCAUACUGUUGGGCAGCAGAAUAAUGUGAUGAGCAAGGAAACAUUUCUCAAUGACAUGGAGGUGCAACCAUCAUACAAAUGCCCUGCUAUGGAUGAGAACAAUGAAACUUUGGUCCAUGAUGAAAAUGUGCACCAACAGAGGAAAAACACUAGUGCAGAUAAGGGUUCUUUGGGUCACAAGUCUACAUCUCAAGAUGCUCUCUGUGUUGGCAAGACAAAUUCAAAACAAAAAACAGAGAGUAUAUAGCGACAGCCAUAGUCAACAACUUGGUAACGUUGGGCAGAAUAAUAAUGUGAUGAGCAAGGAAAACUUUCUCUAUGACAUGGAGAUGCAACCAUCAAACAAACGUCCUUCUAAGGAUAAGAACAAAGAUACUUCUAUCCAUGAUGAAAAUGUGCAACAAGAGAAGGAAAACUCUAGUGCAAAUAAGCAUGGUGGCCAGAACAUUAGUAAAGUCUCAAGAGGAGGUAAUGCAACAAAGCAUGCCAAUAAACAACAGUGCGGUGCAACAAAUUGCCUGGGUGCCGACUCGAUAGAUGUUGGCACUAUAGUAUUUUUCAAGAGCUUGGGAAAUCCAAACAAGAAUGUUGCUCUUGGUACACUCCAAAGCACUAACCCAGAAUAUAAAGUUGAGGGUGUUCAUCUUGGUAAUCAAUUCUGGGCAGUGCGAAUUGAUGCUACAUUAGCAAAAUCAGAUCAGUUGAUACGACCUCUAAAAAAGGUCAACAUUAUUGGUCAUGCAGCAGGAUUAAUUAUCGCAUGGCCAUCAACCUUUAUUGCUAAGAUAAAUUGAUGAUGCAUGGCCCAGAUGUUGAUUGCAAGAUGGAGAAUGGGGCUGCUGUUGGAUAGUCUUAUGUAGUGUUUUACGAUGUCAUUUCCAGUGUCGAUAACUCAAACAUUAUGUUUUAGAAUGGUUGGGGCGUUGAUUGAAACGUCCAGACUUAGCUACUAUGUUAGUAUCACUUAUUGUAACCUUUGGAUCAUGUUCUUUGUAAUGCAACAAAGUCAAAUUAAUA